UUUUGACCACAAAAUAAAGUGUUACAGUUAUAGGCAGAGAAAAGUGCCGGCCCCUCUUUCUCUAUCUAUCUGUUUCUUUAUUUAUUUAUUUUUUUUGAAUUUUAAAUUCUGUUGUUUUUAUUCUUAUCUUCUUGCUUAUUUUCACAGAUAAGCGUGUUGAACAGUCAACUGCAGCGUAGCAGCUUUUUAAAUUUCUUUAAAAAAGCAAUAACCAUAUUUUUCUGUUUUCUCAGAAGUUGCCUACAGAAUUUUUAGAGAUCAAGCCGUUUGAUCAGCUCUUAAAGGGGUUUUGGGGUUUAUCAUUCUAAACAAGGUAUUAUAGAAUCUUAUCAUAAUUGAGUUGUGUAGAAAAUUUGGGGUUUAUUAGUUGAAUUGUGUAUAAAGUUGCAGUUUAUGCAAAAAGUUGGAGUCUUUUGGUGUUGUGGUUACUUUAUCAAGAAUUUGUUAUAGAGAUUGGAUUCUUGGUUUUUGAUUGUUCUUUUGUGAAGUUGCAGUUUGUGUAAAAAGUUGGAGUCUUUUGGUGUUGUGGUUACUUUAUCAAGAAAUUAUUAUAGAGAUUGGAUUCUUGGUUUUUGAUUGUUCUUUUGUGAAGUUGUGGUUUGUGCAAAAAGUUGGAGUCUUUUAUGGUGUUGUAGUUAUUGGGGCAUCAAGGGUUUAUGGGUAGUUGACACUUUUUUAAGCAGUUGAAUUUUGCAAUGAAAAUUUGGAAUUGUAGUUGAGUGGCUGUUCUACUGAAUUGGGUUUGAACUUUUCUUGCCUGGCUUGGGUUGUUUUGACUUUUGGUUCCAUGUUUAUGGGGGAAAGAUUGAUUUUUGCAAAGACUGGUCUUUGGGGUUUGUAGUUUUUGGUUGGGUUUUCGUUGGUUGAUUAUGGGUGGCGUUUGUGGAAAACCUUCGUCGCCCGCCCAAGAUAGGCGGGAUGGCGGUCAAAAGAGGAGAGAAUUGGCAAAACGGGCACCACCACGAGCCGUUUCUUCUAAGAGAGGGGAGAGUUUCAGGGUGAAAGACAAGUUGGAAAAUGGUGAUGUGAAGCUUGGUUUAAUUGAUAGGAAGGCUAAUGGAUCAAGAAAGGUUAGGGAUGAUCAUUAUGAGCAGAUAAAAGAAAAGCUUGGAGUCGUUGUGAAUGGUUUUAAUGGAAAUGGAGGCGUCCCGAAAGCCUUGGAAGGGGAACUAAUUGCUGCUGGAUGGCCUUCUUGGUUUGCUGCAGUGGCUGGUGAAGCUAUUAAUGGAUGGGUUCCUCGAAAGGCCGAUACUUUCGAGAAAUUAGACAAGAUUGGCCAAGGGACUUAUAGUAGUGUAUACAAGGCGCGUGACCUAACUAACAAUAAACUUGUUGCACUCAAAAGAGUGAGGUUUGAUAAUAUGGAUCCUGAAAGUGUCAAAUUUAUGGCGAGGGAGAUAGUCAUUUUGCGUAGGCUUGAUCAUCCGAAUAUUAUCAAAUUACAAGGUUUGGUUACAUCAAGAUCAUCUUGCAGUUUGUACCUUGUUUUUGAGUACAUGGAACAUGAUCUCACUGGACUCGCAUCUCUUCCUGAUAUCAAAUUUACAGAACCGCAGAUGAAAUGCUAUAUGCAGCAACUUCUUAGUGGACUUCAUCAUUGUCAUAGUCAGGGUGUUUUGCAUCGGGACAUUAAAGGUUCAAAUCUUCUAAUCGACAAUAACGGGAUCUUGAAGAUUGCAGAUUUUGGCUUAGCAACCUUUUUUGAUCAUCACCAAAGUGUUCCACUGACAAGCCGUGUUGUGACUCUUUGGUAUCGACCACCCGAGCUCUUACUUGGUGCAAUUCACUAUGGAGUCGCUGUAGAUUUGUGGAGUGCUGGUUGUAUACUUGGAGAAUUAUAUGUUGGCAAGCCCAUUAUGCCUGGUAGAACUGAGGUGGAGCAGCUGCAUAAGAUUUUUAAGCUUUGUGGUUCACCAUCUGAGAAUUAUUGGAAAAAAGAAAAACUACAUCAUUCAACAGCAUUUAAGCCGUUACAUCCUUACAGACGGCGUAUUGGCGAAACAUUUAAGGAUCUUCCUCCAUCUGCUGUGAGGUUGAUGGACACAUUACUUUCUAUAGAUCCUGAACUCCGGGGAACAGCUGUCCGUGCUCUUGAGAGUGAGUUCUUCACCACAAAGCCCUUCCCUUGUGAUCCUUCAAGUUUGCCAAAGUACCCUCCCAGCAAGGAAAUUGAUGCAAAGCUGCGGGAAGAAGAAGCUAAAAGGCAAGGAGCUGCAGGAGUGAAGACCCAAUUUGGUGAUGGGCAUACGAGAGGAUCAAAAGAACCUCGAGCUGUUGCAGCACCUGAUGCUAAUGCCGAGUUGGCUAGGUCAAUGCAGAGGAGACAGAGCAGUUCAAAUCCUAAGAGCCGAUCUGAGCAUUUCUAUCUACCUAAAGAAGCUGCUUCUGGUUUUCCAAUUGAACAGCAUAGACCGUCACAACCAAGGAAAGAAAGAGGCGGAGAUCACUUGGAGAAUCAUUCAGAGAGAUUUUCUCAUUCAGGACCUCUAGCUCCAGGAUUUGGAUGGGCAAAAUCUGGGAAGAAAUACGAUCAUGACAUUUCUGUUGGUUCCAAUAGAGCCGACUUAUCAAAGUUUUCCACUUUAGUGGCAUCUAGGUCAACUGUGGCUGGUGAUGCUCGAGACCGAUUUGUUGCUUCACAACUAGAAUCUGGCCAUCAAGUAGAAAGGCCAGUACGCUUGCUUGACGAACACUCAAGGAAGCAGGAUUGGAAGCGGCACAUGCAAAAUCCUGCUGGUUCUCGUCAAUUUGACAGUGGAAGGGCCAGCAUUAAAGAAUCAAAUCUGCAUGGCGAUGGUCACAAGGGAAACACAAUCCAUUUCUCUGGUCCACUUCUUGUUCAACCAAAUAAAGUGGAUCAAAUGCUUAAAGAGCACGAUCGUCGUAUCCAGGAAGCUGCACGUCGAGCAAGGCUCGAGAAGGCAAGAGCAGGCAAAGGCCAAGCUCAAGGGAUGCAGAGAACAACCAAUUCUAUUUAUGUCACUAGUCUGGGAUCGCGGUAGACUGGGAAUUAUAUAUACAGUUCUAUGUAUAGUUCUUCUGAAAGUAAUUGUUAUUUAUAGGAAAUUCAGUUAAGAUGAAUAUAGUCGAAUAAUUAUGUGAUCUAUUGCUAGAGUAGGUAAAAAUUGUUUAUGCACAUUUUUUUUUAACUUUCAUUGCUUCAACUAAAUCGACAGCCCUUUACAUUAA